UUGAUCGCCUUUGAUCAGGUCCUCGAAGAGUCCGAAGAGAGUAGAGUUACUUAACUAUCAAGAACGGAGAUUAGCCAUACACAACAUCCCGAGAUCCCAAGAAGUUCGAGAAGUGCAGUGAAUACCGAAACAUCUUGCCCUACUCACUUGGAAACAAAAUCGAUUUUACUAUCAUGGAUACGGCAGACCCAAUGCCAGAAGGUUUAAGCAAUGACCAGAUAAAAACAUGGUCAAAGCAAGUUUUGGAGGAUGGUUUAGAUGAAAUCUUACAACCUGUUUACGAUGAUGAUGAAAACCGUAAGAGAAUCAUUCACGAAAUAAUUAGAAUGGAAAAAGCACCAGAUGAUCCUCAAAUUGAUGAGCCAACAAAAGAACGCAUCAAUGAUUUUAUUGCUCACACUAUUAGAAAGGCUAAAGAAGACUUCAGUGCAGCCUUGUCCGCCUUAAAAUCGCAUGRAUCACAUGCAUACUUUACAAUUACCAUCAACAUGAAUGGCACCAAUGUCAGAGGUGUCCAACAGCACCGCCGAGAUCUGAUUAAGAUCAUCCUUGGUAAUCUUUUUGGAGUAGUGUUCUGUCAAGAAUUGCCUGGGUGUUUUGAAAAAAUGAUUAAGGAUUUGACGACUGAAAACAAGUGGGACUUUGUGAAAGUAGAAAAAGAAGCAGCCGUGAUAUGGGACACAACGAAAUUCAAUGGCACCAAGCCAACAGAACGAAGUAUGAUGAAGAUCAGAGAUGAGUUAUCAAAAAAGGAUACACUAGCAAGCAACCUUCUCUCUCGAGCUGCAUUUGUGAAGUUAACGAUAGUUGAAGACAAUAYCAGCUUCAUUGCAGUAUCAUAUCAUGGCGAAAAGAAUAAGAUUGAGGAAGAAGUUAGAUAUCAGAUAUUCGAUUGUCUAAUUGAAUUUGUACAGCAACUGAGCCAAGAAGAAGGAGGUCUUCCUUUCCUUAUUGGAGGCGAUUUCAAUUUUGACACGGUCACUGAGAAUUCUAUUCUAGAUAACAUCAGUAACAUCACUUUUCCCCGUUAUGACAUGACAGAUCGUGCCAACAAAAGCCAAAAAAUUCCCUACAAAGAUAACUUUUGUUGGCACCAUAAAAUGGCAAUCAAAGUGUCUAAUAUAAGGCCAUUUGUUUUUGGUGGUGGAGAAAAUCAUGACUUAAGUAGAGACGAGAGUUUUGAGGUAGAGAAUCAUCCUGAUGCAGGCCAACACACAGCUAAAGUGGAUGAUCUGCUUGACCAUGACCCAAUUUUUGGAAUACUGACGAUGCCUGAAGAAGAAGAAGAACUAACCCAAAACUUCCAGGCAUUAUCUAUCUCAACGCCAAAGAAAUAAUUGAACAGAAAAAUCACAAUAGUAUAGUUUAUUCCUUGGAAACUUGUCAUACGAUGCCGAGUCUUUGAAAUCAUUCUAUUAACACAGCAAUUCAAGUCAACUGCAACCUUUAGAAUUAUUUUCAAAAACCUACAUCCAAAGAGUUUGCUUUCAUGAAUAAAAACACUUAGUGUUGUGGUUAAUUCAAUGGGCUGAUUCCACUUAGACUACUCUAAUGUCAGAGUUUUAUGCAAAGAGAUACAAGAAGAUCAAAAGUAUUUGGAUUCGCAGUAUUCGAUAAUUUGGACUACCGUAUGUAUUCCAAUGAUGCGGAAUCACGAAACGCUGCACUUGAGCUGAUGAGUGAAUCUUCUUCUCUAUUAGAUUAAAGUUUUAAUUACUAAAAAUGUAAAAUAUACAACUGAAUAUAAAUAUAAUAGUUUCCUAUACCAUCAUUUUUAAUUUAGAAUGUGACUUCAUUAWUGUAAUUAUAAAAUUAAUAUUAAAAUUGUACCACGGUAUUACUAACUAUUUACACGACAUCUGUGGAUUUUUCCAUUUCAAUUUGUUUUAAUUGCAUAACAUGUUUUUAGAGAUAUUUUUGUAGAUACAAUUUAUAGUUUUGCGAAACGCUUUAAAAAAAUAAAUAAGUAAAUAAAAUUAUCGUUUCUUUUCUAAUUGAUGCCUGAAGAUCAUAGUACAAUGCUUGACCUCCACGGCUUGGAUAAAUGRUGUCCCAUUUCAUUYUCAUUACCCCUAGCAAGGAUUAACACCCGAAGCCUCGUUAAGUUGUAAGAAAUUUCUUUCAAAGCAAGUAAAACUUUGCAUUUACGAGAGUUUUUCAUCGUGUUUAAAAUUGCUCAUGAC